UACCAAUUCAUUUAAAUGUACCAUUAUAUAACACUGGUACCUACUUGUAUGUUCCGCAACUGAAAAACAACUGAAGUAGUAUUAACUUAUAGAGUCAUGGCAAACUGGAAUUUGUUGUUACUCGUCAUCAUUUCUAUACUUGUAGUAAAACCAUCAUCAUCAACCAAUAAUAUUGUUGUUGGUGAUGAUACAACCAUCGAUGCCUUUAUCCAAUGCCUAGGGAAACAAUCCCAUCCUUCAAAUUACCCUAUCUCCGAUGUUAUAUACACCCCAACUAACUCCUCCUUUCAGGAACUCCUCGACAACCGUAUUCACAAUCUUCGAUAUCAACAAUCCACCACUCGCAAGCCGUUGCUCAUUCUAGCUCCUAAGAGCGAGCUCAAUGUGCCUGCUGUCAUCACUUGCGCUAGAGCCAAUGGUCUUAAGAUCAAGAUUAGGAGCGGGGGCCAUGACUUCGAGGGGAUCUCUUACACGGCCCCCUUUCCUUUCAUCUUACUCGAUUUGUUCAACCUCAACAGUGUUGAGAUUGACAUCAAUGUUGAGACGGCAUGGGUUCAAUCGGGGGCCACUUUAGGCCAGAUUUACUAUAGGAUUGCGGAGAAGAGCCCUGUCCAUGCCUUCCCUGCAGGAGUGUGCCCCACCGUCGGUGCAGGGGGACACGUUAGUGGGGGAGGAUAUGGGGCCUUGAUGAGAAAGUAUGGCUUGUCUGUCGACAACAUUGUCGAUGCUCGUGUUGUCGAUGCCAAUGGGAAGAUUCUGGAUAGGGAUGCAAUGGGCGAGGACUUCUUCUGGGCCAUUCGCGGUGGUGGAGGCUCUAGUUUCGGGGUCAUCUUGGCUUGGAAGCUUCGUCUUGUUCGUGUGCCUCCUACCGUCACUGUCUUCAAUGUCGAAAAAGAUGUCGAUUCUCCAGGAGUAAAUCACAUCUUAUACAAAUGGCAAAACAUAGCUCACAAGCUCCCCGAGGAUCUUCUAGUAAGGGUAGAAUCAAGCCCCGAUCCAACAACAUCGGGUAACUUUUCAAUAAAAGCGUCCUUCAUCUCAAUGUUUCUUGGGGAUAGGGAGAGCCUCCUUCAGAUCAUGGACAAAAGCUUCCCUGAGCUAGGAAUAACCCGACAAGAUUGUAAGGAGAUGUCAUGGAUUGAUUCCGCAAUGUUUUGGCAUCGCAUUCCUCAAGGCACCCCACGCGAAAUCUUACUCAACUACGACAUAAAACAUCCAGCAUAUCGUAAGAUCAAGGGGGACUUCAUCAAGAAGCCAAUCCCUGAAGCAGCGCUACCCAAAGUGUGGGAAAAGAUUAGGCAAACGGGCUUCUUGUAUAUGGAGUGGACUCCUUUUGGAGGAAGGAUGGAUGAGAUCGACGAAUCUGCAGUCCCUUUUGCUCAUCGAAAGGGCAACUCGUUCAUGAUCUUCUAUGACUUGUUAUGGGUUGAGGAUGGCAUGAAUGAGUUUUACUUGAACAAGGCUAAGGAGUUGUACGACUUUAUGGGACAGUUUGCGUCUGAUUCUCCAAGAGAAGCUGUCCUAAAUUAUGUGGAUUUGGAUAUUGGAUCUUCUUGGGAGAAAUACUUCAAAGGUAAUUUUCCCAAGUUGGUCAUGGUAAAAACUAGGGUUGAUCCUACUAAUUUUUUCUCCCAUGAGCAAAGUAUCCCAACACUCUAUAUGUUGUUGGAUAAUAGGGACUUUAAAAGAGGUUACAAUGGACUUUUACGUUUGCCUAUGUAAUAAUUAUUUUGCUCUACCUUAUAAAUUUACUAUUCAAAGUCAAAAUCUUAAUUUAAUAAGAAAAAUGAUUCAAUCAUUUGGUACUA